GAGAAAUUCCACAAGCUGAGCAGAGCAAAGCACAGACUCAGCAAGGAAAAUUGUAAAGAGAAUGGUUGUAUCCACUGGAGAUGUAUCAUCACAGUCAAAUCAAGCAGGACGUCGCAUUGUGACAACUGGAGCCCCAAAAGGGAAUAACAGCAGCAGCAAUACUGUCCACAGACCAGGAAGCGGAAUCCGGAGAGUGAUCACACAGACGCCAGCAUCACAGACAGGAAACACAGAAGGGUACCAUACUGUCCAUCUGUGUGAUCUACCGACCAAUCUCACAUUAACAGACAUUACUCAGAUGGUGAACAGUGCAGGAGUUGGGCAGCCUUUGGGUGUAGACUAUGUGUCAGGGUCAAGAGAGUGUGUCAUUACAUUCCAUCAGUCAGAGGUUGCUGCUAAGUUUUACCAGAAAAUAAAUCGCAGAAUGGUGAACAUGUCAUUUAUCAGGGCAAAGAUGUACUAAAUAGAUUUUGCAUAUGAUGGUUGCAAGAAUGAAUUUCCUAUUCUGUGUGAGUGCAGAGAUGAAAG